AUGUCACUCUCGAAGGAGUCAUACACUUCUUCUGUUGGGUUACGAGCGUCUGUGAAAUUUCCGUUUGAGAUCGAGCCGCAAGUCACCAAAUUGACAUUUGGGCACCAUUAUGCGAUCCAAGGUGUUCCGAUGAGUGAGACGAUCACAUUUAUCAACACCACGAAUGAUGGAUAUCGGAUGACCACGGUGAUGAGUACAAGCCCCAAAUACACGAUGGAGGUCGACGAAGAGAAAAUUGAUAUUAAAAAGAAGAGCCGGAAAUCCGUCACAAUAACGAUAUGUUUCAACACGGUAGCAACUGUUGGGUUGACCGGCGAAGUGACGUUUCAAGUGAGGAAGAAAGUGUUGAUAGGGAGAGAAGAGAGUGUAUUAGGGUUACGGUUUCAGAUGUAUGGGGUGAUCCCCAAAGUGUCCUCGAAAGAGAUCAUUCAAAUCACGGACAAACCAGUAUCGAUCUCGCCAUCGCCACAUGUUGAGCAUCAACAAAACAUCGAACGGUGUGAAAGUCUACCGCUCAAAGGCAAAUUAAUUGAAGACAAAAAGCUUCAUAAAGAGAAGUCUGCAGGAUCGUAUGACAAAGAGAUGGAAGUGAUAUUAGAGAAGUUACGAACGAUGGAAGAUGAAGUGAAGGUAGGCGAAGUCAAAGGGAAACCAGUUGAGUACAAAGGCGAACUUGCGUAUCUCUUUAAAUACGACAAAACGAUCCCCGACAUGGACAAAACGUUUGAGAAUGUUAUAACGGCGUAUACCGAUAUACAUCACCCAACGGUAGUUCAAAUGGUAGCUAUUAACUUCCAUUCAAACUUCUUGUUAUUAGAGGCAGAUACACAACAUAACUUGGAAAUGAUAUUGGAAGAACAAUUGCCACUGAAAUUUGUGUUGCGGUGUUGCGUCAAUUUGGCGACGGCGUUGCAAUACCUUUCGAGCGAGAAAAUCCUCCAUCGGAACGUGAAACCGAACAAACUGAGACUUGUCAAGAAAACGUUAAACGGAAUGACCCACGUCAAAUUACACGACUUCUCGUGCGCAGUCCGAAUCGCGCCGGGAGAGGUGUUAAAAGAGAAAGUUGGGACAUUGGAAUAUAUGUCUCCAGAAAUCUUAAGAGGAGAGGGCUACGGACUUAAAAGUGAUGUUUAUAGUUUUGCGAUGACGAUGUAUACCCUUUUCUCUGGGAAGAAGCCAUUUGGUGGGAUGAGUGUGAGUAAGAUACAAGAAUUUGUGAGGGCAGGCAGAAGGCUGAGCCCGUCAGAGAAAAUCCCGAUACCAAUCAUCGCCGUCAUUAAUAAGUGUUGGGCGGAAGACCCUGCGACACGACCGGAGUAUAAAUGGAUAGUUGACACGUUGAAUGACUUUUCUCGGACGUUAGUGUGA